CAACUUUUACAAAAAUCACAAAGUCAAACAUUUAAAUUUAUAAUUAACACCACCACCAUCAUUCAAAAUCGGUAGAGCUGUCAAAACGGGCGGCCAGACUCGCUUAGGCCCGGCCUGACUGGGUAACAAGCUUUUUUGGGCCGAGCUGAAAAAGCCCGGUUUAAAUAUGGGCUGGAAUAAUUGAGCCCGAGUGCGGCCCUAUACGGACUCCCGGGCUGUAUCUGUUUUUUUUUUUGUUUUUUUCUUUCAUUUUUUAAGGACUGCAAUGUAAUAAAUAAUAAUGGAUCAUGUGUUGAUGGUACCAGUUGAUCAACCAUAGCACGUAGCACAUUACAUUCAAACAAAUUCAAGAACAUAGCUAAUGUAUAACAUAUAUACAAUUACGAGAGAAGCAAGCAAUUAUUCACACACAACAAAGAAGCAACUAACGCAUGUUGAAAGUUGAAACUAUAUGUUGUCCUUGGACAUAUAUCAAUUGCUACUCAUGUAGAGCGAUUAACGAAUGAGCCAGUGUCUAAAUCAAAAAUAAGAUUACUCUACUAAAACUUGUUUCUGCAAUGUGUAAUUCGGAUUCCCAAGUAUUUUUUUUUUAUGAAAUAAUGAUUAAUUAAAUUAACGAGAUUAGAAACAGUGGGGCUUAUUAGAGAGACACAUGACAUCAUAAGUAAAGGAAGAAGUAUGUGCUGCCACUCAAAUAUUAAACAUCGAAAUUGGAGUUUAGUAUUGACAAUAUCAGAUAUAGGUUCUAUCUUCUAUGUAACAAAAUUAUCAUCUAUAAAAUGAAUCGAUAAAAUGGAGAAAGAAACCUAACACUAUUCAACUUCCUGUGUAACUUCGAAGUUCCUAAUUGUUCCUAUGCUUCGUGAUACAUGGGUUUCAUCAUACACAGACCACACAAAAAAACAAAAAAGCAAAAAAACUGGUAUUUUUUGGCGGGCUGCUCGUAGCCUGAACGGGCUACGGGCUUUUUCGGGCCGGGCUAAAAAGCCCUGAAAAAAUUCGGGCUGCAAUUAUUCGGCACAGACUCUGCAUUUUAUUCGGGCUUUCGGACCGGCCCGUACGGCCCGGCCAAUUUUGACAGCUCUACUCUUCGGAUUAGACAUGUCCCCGUGUCCGACACAGACACAUAUAAUUACACUAAAUUAUGUGAUUUUCUAAAAAAAUGAGCUUGUGUCGUGUCAGUGUCUGUAUUUGUGCUUCAUAUAUAAACCAUUCUUUAUACAUUAAUCAUAAUACUGUAUAAUUUUUUUUUGAAUUCAUUAGAGUAUAAUUCUUGUAUGCAUACUUGAGAUACAUAUACACACACACUAACCUAUUUUGUUUUUUGAUACUUGCAUAUACCAUUUCAUUGAAUUUGGAUAUUUCUAUCCAAAGCGAAGAAAACCGUCAAAGCUUAAAAAUGACAGACAAGGAGUCCGAUAGAAUUAGUUGCUUACCAGAUCAUAUAAUAGACCAUUUUCUUUCACGCUUGUCAAUCAAGGAAGCAGGGAGAACAAGUGUUUUAUCUAACAAAUGGAGGAAAAAAUGGUCCACACAACCGGAUCUUGUGUUCGAUAAACAAUGUGUAUCUGCUGCAGUUUCCGAAGAUCCUUCUGUUAUCGAGAACAAGUUUGUGAGGACUGUUGACCAUGUACUUUUACUUCAUUCUGGGCCAAUCAACAAGUUCAAGAUCUCUGAUUUCGGUUGUGAUUUCAUUGGUAUGAUAUCUGUGGCAGAUGUUGAUCGGUGGAUUCUUCAUCUAACAAGAAGGUCUAUUAAAAAUCUUGAGCUGGACAUUUGGUUCGAGCAACGCUAUAACAUACCUUGGUGCUUAUUCUCUUGUCAAAGUUUACAUCAUUUAAAUUUGUUUUGUUCUUCGCUUAAACCUCCAGCGAUGUUUGAAGGCUUCAUGAACUUGAAAAGUCUUCAAUUGGAACAAGUUACAGUGGCUAAAGAUGCUUUUGAAAACUUGAUAUCUGGCUCCCCUUUGCUUGAAAAAUUGGUUUUGAAAAAAGUUGAUGGAUUCACUCAAAUUAACAUUCAUUCACCAAGUAUCAAGUAUGUUGACAUUAGGGGUAAUUUUGAGGGUAUUAGCUUUGACAACACCUCCCAACUAGCUAAGGUGUUUGUUAAUUUAAGUUCGUAUUUGAACUCUGAAACCGGUCAAAGUAUGUUCCAUGGAUGCUCUAGCAACUUGCUUAAAUUUUUCGAUCAUCUACACAACAUCCAGAGCCUACUGAUUGCUUCCUAUUCUAUAAAGUAUUUGGCUGCAGGUGUGGUGCCAGUAAAGCUUCCUACACUUUGUAUUAAUCUAACAUUUCUUUCCAUAUGCCUAAACUUCAACGACUUGACGGAAAUUUCGGCUGUUCUUUGCUUGCUCAAAAGCUCGCCUAAUCUUCAAACAUUCAAAAUGUUUGCACGACUUAAGGAGGAGACAGACCUUUUAACACACACCUCCUAUUGUUGGGAAGAUAUCUUUUCGGAGCCAGAUAUGCUCCUCAAAUUGCAACAUGUGGAGAUACAAGACAUCUCUGGUACCAAAUCUGAAUUAGAUUUUAUCAGAUUUCUACUUCUCUAUUCACCUGUGCUCAAAAAGAUGAUUGUGGAGCCUGUUGAAAACGUCAAACCGGAGUUGAUAACAGAACUAAUCCGGUUCAGGAGAGCGUCCGAACAAGCUGAAGUUAUUUACAAAGCAAAGGAUUCUUGAUAAUGUUUCUUAUUCAACACCUAUCUAGCUCUUCUGAAUUUGUACUUCAAAGAAAUAUUGGCCCCCUCACCCAAAACUAUAAGAGCAUCUCAUUCCAACUGUUAUUUGUGUUUUUAAGUGGAUUCAUUUUAUACAAUAUCACUUAUCUUUAGUUAAUAAAAUCCUAAAUCUUUCUACGACAAAAUUA